AUGAACGCUAUCGCCCACCACUCGGGAGGAGGUGGUGCGAGGAAUAGAUAUCUGAUCCAGCUACCACCAUCCGGUACGGCAAUGCUGCCCAGAGGCGCACGGUUCGGGAGUAGCACCCUUCCUGGAUGGUCCAUCCCGCCCCAGGGCCCCUUUUUUGUGCCUCCACCGCCGCCUCCCCUCUACGGUGGCCCACCAACUGGUGGCUACGCCGGCGGCGUAUUUUACCAAGCCGGUAUCCAACCAACCUCACCACCCCCCACGAACGCCCCCCGCCGCGACCGGCCCGUUGAAGUGGUCACCGAUGGUGGCGUCUUCCACUGCAGCCGCGAUGACAUUCUAUAUCACCUACCCAACGCGCGAUACCACUCACUGGGCCGCCACUUCUUCCCCAAGAACUUCAUCGCGACCCCCAACCGCGCGGCCUCGACCCUUGACGCCCUCCGGCACAUCUUCCGCGGCCUGGAAAACUACCGCAACACGGGUCAGCCCUUCGAGCUGUUCGAGCGCGCCGACAGCAUUCUCGACAAAGCGAAAGACGGGCGGUACGGGUUCGCCGAGGCGGCGCGGUUCUACAUUGGUGUGUGCAAUGCGCUCGACAAGGAAUGCGGGCUGGGAUGUAGCGAUGAGUUGCUGGUCCAGAUUGACGAUUUUGUUGUGGGAUUAAUGGAGAUGGUGGAUAAUCAGGUCCAGCCGACGUAUAUCAGGGAGAUUCUGUUUGCGUAUGCACGGGUCUUCCAGCCUAGCACCCCGAGGCAUAUGGAGACCUUGCGUACGCUGUGGGGGCAGAUCCCGGAUUCGUUGAAGCCGAUGUUGGUUGGCGAGAUCAAUAAAUGUGCUACGGCGCAGCCGAAGUCGGUGGUUUGUCAGGCUUUUGCGAGGGCCAUGAAGGAUAUGUGUUUUGUUUGA